AUGGGUUAUUUAAUGCCGACAAAAUUUUUAUCGUCGGUAAUAUUUUAUCUAUCUAUCUAUCUAUCUAUCUAUCUAUCUAUCUAUCUCAGUCUAUUAAUAUUAUCUAUCUAUCUCACUAUUGAAGUCUGGACGUGGUCCAGUGCUAAUGAAAUGACCACUUGGGUCCUACACUACCGUGUCAAUUCCGUCACUCAGGCAUGUCUUUUUCUUUCUUUCUUUCUUUCUUUCUUUCUUUAUUCUCCCUUGUUUCUUUUUCUUUCUUUCUUUGUCUCUUUUCUUUCUACCUUUCUUUCUUUCUGCCACCAUUUUUUUUCUUUCAUUUAUUUCUCUCUUCCUUACUUUAAUAUUCCUUCUGUCCUUCAUUCUUUCUUUUCCUUUUUCUCUCUUUUUUCUUUUUCUUUUUUCCUUUUAUUUUCUUUUUUCUUUUUCUUUCUUUGUUUCUUUCUUUGUUUCUUUCUUAUCUUUCUAUCUUUCUUUCUUCCACCAUUUUUCUUCUUUCGUUUCUUUCUCUCUUUCUUUCAUUCUUACUUUCAUAUUCCUUAUUUCUUUCAUUCUUUUUUUCCUUUUUCUCUCUUUUUUCUUUUUCUUUCUUUGUUUCUUUCUUUAAUUCUUUCUUUUCUUUCUUUCUUUCUUCCACCAUUUUUCUUCUUUCGUUUCCUCAUUCUUUCUUUUCUUUUUUAUCUCUUGAGUCUCUUUCUUUCUUUCUUUCUUUCUUUCUUUCUUUCUUUUCUUUAUUCUCUCUUUUUUUAUUUUCCUUUCUUUGUUUCUUUGUUUCUUUUCCUUUUUUUCUUUGUCACAUUUCUUUCUAUCUUUUUUUUGUUUAUUUUCUUUCUCUCUUCGAUUUCUUUCUUCCACCAUUUUUUCUUCUUCCAUUUAUUUCUCUCUUUCAUACUUCCAGAUUGCUUUUUCUUUCACUUCUUCUUUUUUUUUUUCUCUCUUGAGUCUUUUUUCUUUCUUUUUUCUUUCUUUGUCUCUUUUCUUCUCUUUCUUUUUUCCACCAUUUUUCUUUCAAUUGUUUCUCUCUUUCAUACUUUCAUGUUCCUUUUUCUUUCGCUCUUUAUUUUCUUUUUCUUUCUUUCUUUCUUUUUCUCUUUAUGUCUUUCUUGCUUCAACUGCGUAUUUUCUUUCUUUCUCGUUAAGUUUUCCAACUUUUCAGUUGUGCAUUUCUCUUUCUUCAUUAAUUUCUCGAUUUCAAACGAUAUUUUUUAG